AUGAAAAAAAUUGAUUACAAUGAAAUAGAAAGAUAUUAUAAAGAAUUUCUUGAAUCACCAACACAAAAAUUAACAGAAGAAAUGAGAAAAGAAAUGUUUUCAAGUAUUAAGAAUGUAAACAGAGAAGAAGGAAAAGAGAAGAAUAAAUUUACAUAUAUUAUAACACAAACAGAAAGUUUUAUAAGUGCUUCAAUAAGUUAUGUUGAUAAUAUGUUUGAUAAACACAGAUAUUUUCUUGGAUUUUAUAGAUGUUCAGAUGAUCCAAUUCAAGUAAUGAAAGGAGUUUUACAUAAAUUUAAAAUUCCACAAGAAAAUCAAUCAGUUGUAAUUGUUGAUCAACAAAAUUUAGAAAAAUAUCCAACAACAAAAGAUAAAUCAAAAGGAGAAGUAAUAAUUACUUGGUAUUCUAUGUAUCAAAAUAUUUUAAAACAAAAAUUAAGAAUUAAUUUAAAACAAUUAGACUUUACUGAUAUCACUGAAACAAAUUUAAAUGAUAAUGUAGAUGAUUUCUUUAAUUAUAUUUCUUUAUUAAAAAAUGUUGAAGGAGAUUUAUUUCAUGUUAGUAAAUUAACUAAUUGUAGUCAAUUUGAAAAAAAAGCUGGAGUAUUAAGAAAUAAUAUUAGACAUCAAUUGUUAUCAAACAAUAUUACUUGGAUUAAUAAAGCUUUGUUUUUUCAUCCUGAACAUCAUCAUUGGUUAAAAAUUAAUUUCCCAAAAGCUUUUGAUAAUAUUAUUAAGGAAUAUGAUUUAGAUAAAAAUGAAAUUGAUUUAUAUCUUCAUGACAAUGACCCUUUUAAAAGUUGGACAUUAUGGUGGAAAGAAAAAAGAAAUACAUAUCCUUCUUUAUCAAAUAUUGCUAGAGAAUUUAUUCCAAUGGAAGAUUUUCUUUUGAGUAAUCUCUAUCUCGAAAAAUAUUAUCAAAUUCAUAAUCUUUAUCAUAAAUGGUCUGUUGAUGGAAUCGGUUUUUGUUUAUUAAAAAAACAAUUCAUCAAAUUUAAAUCUUUUCUUAAUCAAAAUAUUCCUCUUUCAAAUGAAUUAAAAAGUUAUUGCUCUGCUAAUGUUCCUCAUCCUACUCCAAUACAAAUUAAUCUCCAAAAUCAAUCAAUUGUUCCUAAUCAAAAUACAAUAAAGUUAUCUUCUUCUCAUGAAUCAUAUACUCCACUUUCUAUAUCUCAUGAUUUACCUAAUCAUCUUACUCAGUCAAUUCCUCAAAAACAACAAACAAAUAUUUCUAUCACUAAACCUACUAUCCAACCUAUGUCUCUUCUUCAAAAUAUUCAACAAACACAAAUAUCUCCACAAAUAAAUAAUAAUACAUCUCUUCAAUUAUCUAUUCAACAACCAUUUUUAAAUGAAAAAGAAAAAGGUAUUACAGUAUUUAAAAAACAUUCUUUGAAUAUAGAUCCAGAAACAUCAUUAACAGAAUUACUACCAAAUAAUGAAAUUGAAAUUGAUUUAUCACUUUCUGAAGAAGAUAUUAAUCCAAAAUUACCAAAAACACCUGAAACAAUAAAAUAUUCAGAAGAGAAAAUAAAAAAAUCAUCAAAAAGAAAAGAAACAAAGAAUUGUUUAUAUAAAGAAGUAUUAGAAAAAAGAUUACAAGAUUUUAUUGAGAUAUAUAACAAAACAUUAGAUGAGAUAGUAUUAAAAAGAAUAAAAGAAGUUAAAAAAGAAAUAAAAGACACAUAUUCAAUAAUUGAUUUAACAAAAGAAAUAAAUAAAAAAGAUGAAAUUAUAGAAAUUGAUUAA